AUGACAUCAAGCACAAAGGGAGUUGACUCAAAAAGCGGUGCAAGCGGAGAGAUCUCUCGUCGCUACAAAUUUGUGCCUUGCAGACUUUCGCGGACGCCGCUCUUUGCCAUGUGCCGAUUCCUAGCUUUGACUCUCCUGCUCCUGUCGCUCAGCAUCCUUUGCUACACGGCCAAGGAUAAAGGUGAGAGGGGAGGAUGGAAACUGGGAGGCGGAGGAAUCGCUACGUCGAUUCUGCCUGGACACUGAGGUCCAGUGCUGAGGGCCUUCUGGCGGUUCCCUCACUGCGAGAAGCUAAGUUACAGGGAACCAGGCAGAGGGCCUUCUCGGUAGUGGCACACGCCCUGUGGAACGCCCUCCCACCAGAUGUCGAAGAGAAAAAUAACUACCAAACUUUUAGAAGACAUCUGAAGGCAGCCCUGUUUAGGGAAGCUUUUAAAGUUUAAUAGGUUAUUGUAUUUUAGUGUUCUGUUGGAAGCCGCCAAGAGUGGCUGGGGAAACCCAGCCAGAUGGGCAGGGUAUAAAGAAUAAAUUAUUAUUAUUAUUUCCCCUUUGGUGGGCGCAGGUGAACUGCGGAACCCGCUGCUGCAGGACGCAGCGAUGGCCACCAAUUUGCACGGCUUCGGGAAAGGAUUGGACAGAUUUGUGGAGGAGAAGUCUGCUGGUGGCUACUAGCCAUGAUGACUGUGCUCUGUCUUCACAGCUGGAGGCAUUAAUGCAGGGGCGGAUCCUGGUAAUAGGCCGCCCUGUGCGAGGCCAUUUGACGCCCUCCCUCCAGCCCUCUGUGGCACCGGCUUAAGCCAGGCUUUGGGAAGGAGACAUGAGGUUCUGGCAAGGUCCUAGAGCCCUCCUACCUCUUUCCCCAAGCCCGGUAAGGGCUUUGCUUGCCUGUCUUUGGGAAGGAGGCAGGAGCCCUUACUGGGCUGGGAGAAGACGCUUUCCUUGGCUGCAUGCCCGGUGUGAUGGCAGCAUUUGCGCUGCUGUAAAUCUGCCUCUGUAGUAAUGCUCCUGAACGCCAGUUGCUGGUAGGCGCAGCAGAGGGAGAGUAUUUUUGUGUUUGGCUCCUGCUUGUUGGAUUCCCACAGGCAUCUGGGAACAGGAUGCUGGACUAGGUGGGCCAUUGGCCUGAUCCUGCAGGUCCCAGUGGCGUAGCGUGGGUUGCCAGUGCCCUGGGCCGCAUGGAGGGAGGAAAAUGGAUGGAGUACACACGUACAUUCAGCUGCGUCACAAAGGAGAUUGCAGCCGCAGAGAUAAGAAAAGAAGAGUCAUUCCAUUGUCUAGAGAGGUCGCUUCUUGGUUCUCAUGGAAAGGGGUCAGCAUGGCACAGAACAUCCCGCUUUGCCAGCCAAAGGUGCCAGGCUCAAUCCCUUGCCCUUCCCAGCUCAGGGUGGUCCUGGGUUGGGAGGGCUUGAGGUUUGCCAAUGCUGGAGAAAUGCUGUUAGAAUAAACUAGCCUUCCCCAGUCUAGGGCUCUCCAUAUAGAAUCACAGAGUUUCCACUUCAUGGGUGAGUUGGGAUUCGAACCCAGAUCCUAGUCUGACAUUCCAACUAUUACACCACACUGACUGAAAGGCACAUAACAGCUAGGAAAAAAACAGUCAAGGAAGGCACUGAGCAGGACCGGUAAGGGGCAUGGUCUGGCGAAAUGUAAUGGCCAAGGAGAAUCCCGGGGGCCGGACAGAGAUAUCUGGGGGCCGCAUUAGGCCGAAAAGCCACCCCAUCCAUGAUAUAUGAGGUGGAAAGUUAAGAAACAAGUUUCCCAUCCUCUUCUCCCCCAGGACCAUCCUUGGAUGGCCAUCUGUCAUGGAUGCUUUAGUUGAGAUUCCUGCAUUGCAGAGGGUUGGACUAGAUGACCCCUGGGACCCUUUCCGAUUCUAUGAUUCUUCUCCCCUCUCCAGACAGAAGAGCGGGCAGAGACUGCUGCGAGAGGGAAGAGUCACUCAGAAUAUUUUAAUUGUUUUAAUGUUUUAAUGUUGUAUUUUAAUCUUGUUUUUAAGUUGUAUUCAUUCAACUCAUUUUUAUUAUUGGUUGUUAGCCGCCCUGAGCCUGGCCUUGGCUGGGGACGGCAGGGUAUAAAUAAAAAAUUAUUAUUAUUAUUAUUAUUAUUAUUAUUAUUAGGUCUUGGGACGCAAGGAAGUUCAUGGCAGCAAAAAAUCCCCCAUCUUCUUUCCUCCAGCACCAUUCAGGAGAGGGCCAUGACUCUCCAGAGUGGCUUUGCAGAGGGCACAGUGGGGAGAAGCAGGGGGAAACUUAUCCUUCUGUGUCUCGAAAUCUAACUUGUUACUCCAUAUAAAUAACCCGCCCUCGUUCUCAGAGUAGCUGUCUUGCUGUUCGGAGCUGUGAUAGGAAUUUUGAGGUCUUAGAUAUAUGGUAAUGUUCAUAAGCAUACCAACCAAGCACGUACAUAGAUCAGCACAGGAAGAUCCACCUGGAACCAUUUUGAUUCCUAAACUGAGCAAAUGUUUUCUCUGCAAGGUCAAAGUGGGAAACCUCCCCAUUGUCUCUUUCCUCACAAAUCCUGUCUUAAGGGCACAUUUAAGAUAUGAAUAGGGUGUGAGCCUGUGACCUGGCCCAGGAACUAAGUAUUUAUCAUUACAAAAGACUGGCCAGGCUCCCAAUCAAGUGACUAUUAACAGGUAACCUGCCAGACAGGAGAUAAACAAGGACAGGAGAAAAACAACAUUCAAAUUUCUGUUUAUACCACCUUUUCUGUGAUGUAGGUGUGAUGUAUCUGAGGGGUGGGCUUAGGUUACACACCUUCUGUGAUGUAGGUAUGAUGUUUCUGGGGGUGGUCUUAGGUACACCCCUUCUGUGAUGUAUGUAUGAUGUUUCUGGGGGUGGUCUUGAUCUACAGGGUGGCAAUUUCAAAAGUCUUUAUAAGGCCUUGCGCGCCAUUUUUCUAGGUUCCUCCUCCUCUCCUGCGGGUGAGGGGAGCACCCUGUUGCAACAGAUCAAUAAAGAUCAAGCUUACUAGCUGCUUUGCUUCUCAAUAUUCUCUGGUUGGCCUCUGUUAUUCUCUCCUACCAAUAGGGAACCUAUGUAAGGACUCUAUAUGGGUUCUUGGAUACCCCACAAGGGGGAAAGGGCCAUUUUUGUUUACAACAGAGUUUACCCAAUUGACCAUCUUUCCUCUUUUCUCUGCCAGGUAGAAGAUUCCGUUCAGGCCACAGGGGGGGAGAGCCAGACCAGGAAGGCCACCAGCCCUGCAGUUGUUCCGGUGAGUCUCUUUCUUGCAUCACCAACCCCGACAGUUGAGAAUAUGGAAACUCUCUACACCAAGUUCCGCUUUCAGUUUCCUCUGCAACAGCUGGCCUCGCCUGUUUGUUGCUGAGGUGUGGCAUUCGAAGAUCUGACCUGUAACCUCUUGCACAAAUCACUCAGGCUCGUCGCUUGGUUUGAGAGCGCCACAAACCAAACCCGAGUCCCUCCCACUGCAAUCUGACUCUGAAAUUUCCCAGUGUGAAAAACGGAGAUGGAUGAUGGGUCAUCGUUCGUUAAUUAAGAACAAUUAAUGUUGACGGUUAAUAAUGCAGCAAGACGCCGCCUAAUGCCAAAUGAGGCUUCGAAGCGGUCUUAUAAAAAAAACCAACCAAUUAUGCAAGCAUUUAAAUAUAAAGCACCCAUAAUUAAAAUGCACAGACAAUCCCAUUAAAAAUUAAAAUGUGAGCAUCCGUAGUUAAAAUGUGCAAUGAAGCAAACCAAUGCAGUAAUUAAAGCAGGGAAUUCCUGCUGGAGAGGUGAAGGAAAAGCCUCUGUGAAGAGGCGCAUCUUUAAAAGCGAGUGAAUCAGAUUGGGGGUUUUCUCGUCAUUAGUGAGUGAGACCAGGACUCAGCAUGGUCUCCUAUGGAUUAACUGAGAACAUAACGGUGGAACCUCAUCUAUGGAGAAUGGGGAAAACUGUGUGACUAAUCUAUGGCCCUCCAGAUGUCAUUUAUGGCCCUCCAGCUCCUAUCAUCCCCUACCAUUGGCCAUGCUGGCUGGGGCUGAUGGGAGUUGAAGAACAUCUGGAGAACCACCCCUGGCUCACUCCCACAAUGGAGAACUGGAAGAGGAUGGGACAUCAGAGGAGGAAUUGCACGUGGUUUGGCUCGCUUUCACGAGACGUCUCUGCAGUCAACACCCCUAGCCUAGGAACCUAAGAAGAGCCAAUGGCCUAUUUAGUCCAACAUCCUUCUUCUCACGCCCAGAGGCCUAUGUGAAACCCUCAGUCGAGACCCAGGCACAAGACCACCUUCCCCUCUCGUGGUUUCCGGCAACUCGUAUUCAGAAGUGUUGCUGGUUCCAAGCGUGGAAGCAGAGCCGAGCCACAAGGACCAGUAGCCAUUGUCUGCCCUCUCCCUGAAUUUGUCCAGCCCUCCUUCAAAGCCAUCUAAGUUGGUGGCUCAGGGACGCGGGUGGCGCUGUGGGUUAAACCACUGUGCUGCUUGGGCUUGCAGAUCGGAAGGUCGCGGUUUGAUUCCCCGUGACAGGGUGAGCUCCCAUUGUUCGGUCCCAGCUCCUGCCAACCUAGCAGUUCGAAAGCACGUCAAAGUGCAAGUAGAUAAAUAGGUACCACUCCGGCGGGAAGGUAAACGGCGUUUCCGUGCACUGCUCUGGUUUUGCCAGAAGUGGCUUAGUGAUGCUGGCCACAUGACCCCGAAAAACUGUCUGCGGAAGUGGACAAACGCCGGCUCCCUCGGCCCGUGAAGCGAGAUGAGCACCGCAACCCCAGAGUCGUUUGCGACUGGACUUAAUUGUCUGGGGUCCCUUUACCUUUUAAGUUGGUGGCUAUGAUUGCAUCCUGUGGCAAGGAGUUCCACAGUUUAACGAUGUGCAUACAGUUUCUUUGGAUGUCCACGAGUUCUAGGGUUAGGAGCGCUCUGCGAUAUUCUGCUUGCGUGCCCUAACCCUUUCUGGUUAUGGGGGUGUGAGGACCAUAAAAGCACUCCUCCAUCCCAAAUCUUGCACUUGCCUCUUCCCACUGCCAGUUACCAUACCUAAUUACUCAUCCUUUGUUGGCUUAUGUCGUUUUAGACCUGCGUGGGCCCUGGAAUCCAAAGAAACACAGACGGCUGUGUCCUUGCGAUGGCAUCCUUACCGGUUUGUCUCUGCCAGGUAACAAAAUACCUUUAGAUAAGGCUGGUCUUAGAGAUAAGAUGAAUGGGAAACAUUUAUCCUCCCCCCCCCCAAAAAAAGACUUUAAAGGGGAGAGAUAAUUUAUUGUGUAUCCUAGGCAACUAGAGUCUCAUUGAUUGGGGGGGAGAGUUGUAGUCAAGACGUGGGUCCCCUAACCAGAUCAGUCUCAACUCUGUAUGGUUUGUGCUUGUACAGUGGUACCUCUGGUUACGUACUUAAUGCGUUCCGGAUGUCCGUUCUUAACCUGAAACUGUUCUUAACCUGAAGCACCACUUUAGCUAAUGGCUCCUUCUGCUGCCACCGCAUCACCACCACACAAUUUCUGUUCUCAUCCUGAAGCAAAGUUCUUAACCCGAGGUACUGUUUCUGGGUUAGGGGAGUCUGUAACCUGAAGCGUCUGUAACCUAAAGCGUAUGUAACCUGAGGUACCACUGUAUCUCCUAUUUGUGGCCCUGUAAGCAUGGGUGGCGCUGUGGUCUAAACCACAGAGCUUAGGGCUUGCCAAUCAGAAGGUUGGCGGUUUGAAUCCCGCGACGGGGUGAGCUACUGUUGCUCGGUCCCUGCUCCUGCCAACCUAGCAGUUCGAAAGCACGUCAAAGUGCAAGUAGAUAAAUAGGUACUGCUCCAGCAGGAAGGUAAAUGGCAUUUCUGUGCGCUGCUCAGGUUCACCAGAAGCGGCUUAGUCAUGCUGGCCACAUGACCCGGAAGCUGUAUGCCUGCUCCCUCGGCCAAUAAAGCGAGAUGAGCGCCGCAAUCCCAGAGUUGUCUGCGACUGGACCUAAUGGUCAGGGGUCCCUUUACCUUUAAGCUUAAAUCAGCCAUGCCUAACCAUUGGGAAAGGGUUGUAGCUCCAAGUUAGAGCAUCUGCUUUGAAUGCAGAAGGUCCCAGGUUCAAUCCAGGGCUAGGAGCGACCUAGUUGUGAAUGAGCUUUAUGUGACCCCUGUAAAAAGUGUUUGUUCUACAGAUCAAAGCGACUGAGAGCAUACAUUGGGCAGGGGCGAAACUAUGCUUUAUUUCACCUGGGUCAAAGACUCAGUUUGGCACACUGACCCCAAGCGCAUUUGUGUAAAAACACACACACACACAGAGGCUGGGAGCCUCAAGGGCGCCCCUCUGGAGGCUUCACGGGGGGGGGGGGCAGCUGGCCCCCUCCCCUAGCUACAGCACUGCAUCAGGUAAGGUGAUCUCACAAGUCAACUGCUCCCAAAUUGUUAAGGGAUUAAUAUACAAAUAGUAACACCUUGAUUUUGUCCCAGUAGCAAUUCAGCAAUUCAGAUCUCUGAGCAGAGGCGUUUUAUGCGGGGGGGGGGGGUCUAGUGGGCUCACUCCCACUUGUUCCACUUGCCUAUAAGACAAGGGUCCGAAUGGUUUCCCCCUUGAUCCGCUCCUUUCCCAGGGAAAACCUGCUCUUUACAGCUAGAUCGGAGCAAACGUCAAUUUGGAAAAAACCCGAAUUGCCAUUUGCUCCCGUUGAGCACUAAAGAGUGGUUCCCCCCAGAGGAAAGCAGCGGGACAAGAGGAAGUUUGGCUCAACCCAGGGUCUCGCUCCUGCCAGCAGCAUUCUGCGCUAGCUGCAGCGUCCAGAUCAAAUGCAAGGGAAGCCCCACAUGCAUGGCAGUUGAAGUGGGGUAACCUGUGUUCCCUCCAAGGGUAGCCUUGGAGUUCCCUAACCUAUUGGUAUUGGGGGACUUCAACAUCCAUGCUGAUGCCACUCCCUCCUCACAGGCUCUGGACCUGGUGUCUUCCAUGGCAACACUAGGGCUCUCCCAGUUUGUUUCAGGCCCCACACAUCAAGCAGGCCACACGCUGGAUUUGAUCUUUGGCGUAGGUAUAGAUGUGAUCAUGUCUCCUUCAAUUAAGGUGCCAUGGUCUGAUCACUACGCUCUGAAAGCCAGGAUUGACUUUCCACCCCCACCCUGCUUAGGUGGCGAGCCGCUGUGGGCUCGCCCGCAGCGGCUGAUGGCCCCUGAUAGAUGCCGUCACGCCUGGCGGGACCUUGCUCCCCCGGGCGACUCAUUGACUGAGCUUGUUGAGGGCUGGAAUACCCAGCUCCUGGCAGCCAUAGAUGAGAUCGCACCUAAGCGCCCUCUGCGACUCCGCAGAAACCGGGCUCCCUGGUUUACCGAGGAGCUUCGGAAAAUGAAGCGGGACCUCAGACGGCUAGAGCGAGUAUGGCGGGGUGCCCGUGACGGAGCCUCAAGAACAUCUUAUAGGGUUUUUAUGAAAACCUAUGAGAUGGCGGUGAAGGCCGCUAAGAAGUCUUACUUCUCGGCCUCCAUUGCAUCCGCUAGCUCUCGCCCGGCGCAAUUAUUUAGUAUAAUUAGGUCUUUAACGUCCCUUGAAGGACAGCCAAAUUUAAAUAACAAUCUGACACAUAGCUGUGAGGCGUUUACGAGCUUUUUGCGGAGAAGGUCCUGUUGCUCCGCCAUGACCUCCCUGCCAAUUUGGAUACAAUAAAGGAACUGGAGGCCCCUCGACUGUCCUCGGGUCCAGUAUUGGACCACUUUGAUCGGAUAUCCCCAGCCGAUGUGGACAGACUCCUCCGAGCUGGAAAGCCCACCACCUGUCCUCUUGACCCGUGCCCGGCGUGGCUGGUGAGAGCGUGGCCAGUCGGGGGGCGGGCCCCCCGGGGAUAUCAUCAAUUUGUCCCUUGGCACCGGGAUAUUUCCAGGGGAAUUGAAGGAGGCAGUGGUGCGCCCGCUCUUAAAGAAAACAUCAUUAGAUCCCUUAGAUCUAUCCAAUUACCGCCCGGUUUCAAAUCUUCCAUUCCUGGGUAAGGUGAUUGAGAGAGCGGUUGCUGAACAGCUUGGUAGGUUUCUGGAUGAAACAUCGGCUCUAGAUCCAUUCCAGUCUGGCUUCCGCGCUGGUCAUGGGACCGAGACGGCUCUGGUCGCCCUAACAGAUGAUCUCCGUAGGCAGCUGGAUCGAGGCGGGUCGGGGCUGCUGAUUCUUCUAGAUCUGUCAGCAGCCUUCGACAUGGUUGAUCACGAACUCCUGGACCACCGCCUUGCCGACGUGGGGAUCCAGGGCACAGUCCUUCAAUGGCUGCGCUCGCUUCUCUCCGGUCGGGGACAGAGGGUGGCGCUUGGGGGGGAAUUGUCAUCCCGCCACUCCUUGGUGUGUGGAGUGCCUCAGGGUGCGAUACUCUCCCGAUGCUUUUAACAUCUUUAUGCGCCCUCGCCCAGCUUGUCCGGAGUUUUGGGCUGGGCUGCCAUCAGUAUGCCGAUGACACCCAACUCUAUCUGUUGAUGGAUGGCCAUCCUGACUCGGCCCCAGACACACUGACCAGAUGUUUGGAAGCUGUGGCUGGAUGGUUACGCGGAAGCCGGUUGAAGUUAAAUCCUUCGAAGACAGAGGUCCUCUGGCUGGGACGGGACGAUAUGGGAUUGGGGGCAACUCCCAUCUCUUGCGGGGUGCAAUUAGUGCCAGCACCGUCCGUUAAGAGUUUGGGUGUAAUCUUCGAUACCUCCCUCUCUAUGGAGGCGCAGAUUACAGCUAUAACAAAGGCGGCAUUUUUUCAUCUCCGCCAAGCUAAGCAGUUGGCCCCUUAUCUCUCUCGCCCUGACCUAGCCACUGUGAUCCACGCGACGGUCACCUCCAGACUGGAUUAUUGUAACUCGCUCUACGUGGGGCUGCCCUUGAGACUGACCCAGAAACUCCAGCGGGUGCAGAAUGCCGCGGCGAGACUCCUUAUGGGGUCUUCGCUGCGAGAUCACAUUCAUCCGGUACUAUACCAGCUGCACUGGCUCCCGGUGGAGUACAGGAUCAGGUUUAAGGUGCUGGUUUUAACCUUUAAAGCCCUAUACGGCCUAGGACCCUCGUACCUACGGGACCGCCUCUCCUGGUAUGCCCCACAGAGGAACCUACGGUCUGCAAAUAAAAACAUCCUGAAGGUCCCAGGCCUCAGAGAGGUUAGGCUGGCCUCAACUAGAGCCAGGGCUUUCUCGGCUGCGGCUCCAAUCUGGUGGAACGCUCUGUCACAAGAGACUAGGGCCCUGCGGGAUCUGACAUCUUUCCGCAAGGCCUGCAAGACAGAGUUGUUCCACCAGGCCUUUGGUCAGGGCCCAGCCUGACUCCACCUCCGGCAACCUACACAGAACUUUGCUCAACGGUUGCCAUUAAUUUGAUUUUAAUUAAUUUUUAUAAUGAAAUGUUUUAGAAUGUUGGACUAUUUAAUUGUUUGAUUAUUUAUUUGUUGUUAGCCGCCCUGAGCCUGGCUUUGGCUGGGGAGGGCGGGAUAUAAAUAAAAUUUAUUAUUAUUAUUAUUAUUAAAAGGGGCAGGGACAUAGGAAUGUGCCUUAUACUGACCACUGGUCUAUCUAGCUCAGUGUUUCUCAAAACUGGGUCUCCAGCUGUUUUUUUGGGGGGGACUACAACUCCUAUCAUCCCUAGCUAGCAGGACCAGUGGUCACGGAUGAUGGGAAUUGUAGUCCAAAAACUACAGCUCUCCAGGUUUCCAGAGGCGGGUCAUUCCCAACCUUCCUUGCAGAUGCCAGAUGUUGAACUGAGCAGCUGAAUUAUGCAAAGCAGAUGCUUGAUCACUAAGCAAGAGCAUCAGAAGGGAAGAUAUAAAUUGUCCCUUCUUCUUUUUUUGCAGAACAGCACCAUCGCCACCACCGUGGCCUGGCCAAGCGGCAUUUGCACCAGAGAAGGCAUCGGUGCCAGGCGUUUGUGAAUAAGUGCCACAUGAUGCGGGUUGCCAUACCCUUGUAGCUUUCUCUUUUUUUAACGUAAAAUUUUAUUAGUUUUUUAACACAUCGUUUUCAACAGUAAUUAAAUAUACUUUUACAUCUUAUUCAAUUUUUUUGACUUCCAUCAGUCCUGUCUGAAAAUUUUCCAAUCUAAUCUCUUAGUAUGCAUUUCUUAUUUUCCCAGUGUGGUGUAGUGGUUAAGAGUGGUGGACUCGUAAUCUGGUGAACCGGGUUCGCUUCUCCGCUCCUCCACAUGCAGCUGCUGGGUGACCUUGGACUAGUCACACUUCUCUGAAGUCUCUCAGCCCCACUCACCUCACAGAGUGUUUGUUGUGGGGGAGGAAGGGAAAGGAGAAUGUUAGCCGCUUUGAGACUCCUUAAAGGGAGUGAAAGGCGGGAUAUCAAAUCCAGACUCCUCUUCUUCUUCUUCUUCUUCUUCUAUUACAUUUCGAACUCAUAACCAAUAUCUCUAUCUUUUUCUACUCUGAAACGCUUCGUAUAUUUCUCCUUACAAAACGUCUUGUAGUCCUACUAGCGUGAUUUGUUGAUUACAGUUGCUCUUCAAAUAAUUCAUAUACUUCUUCCAAUCUUCUGUAAAUCUCUGGUCCCGCAGGUUUCGAUUCCUUCCUGUCAUUUUGUCCAACUCUGCAUAGUCCAUUAAUUUCGUCUGCCAUUCUUCUUUCGUCGGAAUUUCUUCUUGCUUCCAUUUCUGGGCUAACAAUACUCUUGCCGCUGUUGUUGCAUAUAAGAACAGUUUGACAUCUUGUCUAUUAAUGUCUUGGCCUAUAAUACCAAGUAAAAUGCUUCUGGUUUUUUUAAGAAUGUAUAUUUGAAAUAUGAAAUACCCUUGUAGCUUUCUCUGCCCCGACAAGCACACAGCUUAAUUCUUUGUGUUAACCAUAAAACAAAUCCCUCUUCGGUACUGGCUGUCUUUACUUUGUUCGUUUCCCCACAACGGUCCUGCGAGGUAGGUGAGGCUGAGAGGCAGCGACCGGCCUAUGUUUACCCAGGGAGCUUCAUAGCCAAGAAGGGGAUUGAACCCUAGUCUUGCAGGUCCUAAUCCAACACACCAACCACUACCAUACCUUCCAAGUAUCCUGAUUCCCCAGGAACGGGUUCGUGAAUUACAGAAGCCAUCCCAGUUUCUGAUUUGAUCCCAAAAUGUCCUGGUUUUCCCCUUUUCCUCUCCUCCACACAGAGCCUUAUUUUGGUUUGAUGAGGCCCUCAGCUACUGAAGGUAAUUGGGCCCUUUUAUAUGUCCAGCUGUCCUUUGUCAACAACAAAUUGUUGCUGGUUUUUGUGUUGAAUACAGUCAUACCUCAGGUUGAAUUAGCUUCAGGUUAAGUAUUUUUGGGUUGCGCUCCGCGGCGACCCAGGAGUAACGGAGUGCGUUACUUCCGGGUCUCGCCGCUCGCACAUGCGCAGACGGUCAAAAUGAUGUCACGCGCAUGUGCGGAAGUGGCGACCCGCGCACAUGCAGACACGGAUUGCGUUUGCUUCAGGAUGCGAAAGGGCUCCAGAAUGAAUCCCGUUCGCAUCCAGAGGUACCACUGUAUAUGCUAUAAGGUAAUUUAGGGACCUAAUAGGUAUCUAAAGCCAUUUGCAAAUUUUGCCGUGCAACCAAUCCAUGCAGAAUGUAGGCACCCUAAAUAUAAAAAUGAGCAAACCAGUGAUAUUUUAGGGAGCAGACUAGCAGGUGGGGCCCAUUACUUACGCAUAGGAGCCUACACAACACAAAACACUGUUGCUGUAUGUAGGUUCUAUUUUAUUUGUUUUUUAUCUUGUAUUUUGGAAAUGUACAUCCAGGUUUUUUUCCUUUAAUUUUUUUGGGGGGCCCCAAGAGAGUGAGGCCCUAAGCUGUAGGGCUUGUUUAGCUUAUACGUAAAUCUGGAACUGCCUCCAGAUCUUUGUGGAGAGCAAUUUAAAGUGGGAGAAAGAUCAGACCACCCCGCUCCUGUCCCUUUUGGAAACAAGAGUCUUUGCUCUGUGUGUGUGUGUGUGCAUGUGGAGACGCAAAAACAGAGUCCUGUUUAUACUGAAAAUAAAAUACCUGCACCAAAUGAAGGAACAGAGAGGACCAGUCACCACUGCAGUGCCAGAGCGGCAGAGGUAAGGCCGGGCACCCAUAGCAAAAAUUUUGUGGGUCCUCGUCCCCCCCAGGGCUCCCUGGAGUUGGUGCCAGUGGCUCGCAAGAAGCCCCAAAGCAGGGCCUAAGCACAGCACCUCUCUCUACGCACUUGUGAUUUCCAGCAAACCAGUAUGCAGACCUUUUACUCUGACCCAGAAAGGCUUCCCUUCCAUGCUGCGUGGCAGACGUGUGUCAUCCGAGGGGCAACAUGAUAAAAUCUGGCAGCAAAGCAUUUUGCUUCCAUUUAAGGACAGCUCACAAAUCAUUAAAAGUUGUCCUCGACCCACCAAAAAAGCAAAGGUUACAACUUAGGUUUGCAAACCACAACCAUGUGACUUAACCACAGGAAAUUGUGAAGUCGUAAAACUGGAGCUGCAAGAUUUAGGUGAUUUUGUUGGUUGAUUAACAGAAUGGUGGGAAAAAAGAGGUAAACGUCGAACUCAGGCGUGGGGGACAUGGAAACCUCUGGAUGUUCACAGGCUACAGCUCUCAUCAUCCCUACAUAUUGGUCAUGACAGCCGGAGCUGAAGGGACUUGGGGGUCCUGCAACACCCUGCUCUAGAGCCUAGAAUUCCGAGGAAGCAUCUUUUAAAAGCUGAGGAAGAGAGAGAGAUUUGAUAAAAAUGUGGGCAAUCUGUUUUUGGAUCACUAAUUUAUCUUUUAGGGAACAGUCAGAGGCUAAUUCUCCUUCCUUGGCUGUGUGUUGCAGGGGGACUUAAUCCCAAUAAAAUGGAAUUGCUAUUGCUCGGGAGAUCUACCCAUCAGGAUAAAAGUUUAGGCCAGAUCCUGAAUGGGAUCACGCCCCUUCUGAAGGGCCAGGUACACAGUCUAGGAAUGAUCCCAGGCUGGGCACUGUCUGUGAAGACAAUGUUGACAUCUGCUGCUUUUCGCCAGCAUAGGCUGGUUCAGCAGCUGUGGCCCUAUCAAAAGAUGGCAGUGAUUAUGUCCAGGUUAGAUUACUGCAAUGUGCUCUACGUGGGGCUGCCCUUGAAGACGGUUCGUAAGCUGAAAGUGGUACCUGCGUUUGGUGCAAAGACUGCAUGACACCUGUAAUGCAUAGUCAUUCGCAGGCACUAAUUUACAUUAGACAAAACAUGCACAUUAGGCAAAAUUGCAGACUAAAAUGCUGGAGACGAUUUUAAGAAAAACAUGAAUUGCUGCAGAAAUGCGUAUAACUGAAUUUAAGAUUGCAAAGGUGAGAAACCAAGAGAACCAAAACCAACAGAUCCAGCCCUACCUACCCAUUUCUUCCAAGUCUGGCUGUGCAC